AUGGGAGGAUGGGAGGACAAGAGGAGGACAAGAGGACACAAUGGGAGGAUGAGAGGGCUACAGGAGGACAAGAGGAUGGGAGGACAAGAGGAGGACAGGACAAUGGGACAUGGGACAAUGGGACACGGGACAUGGGACAUGGGACAUGGGACACAGGAGAACAGGAGAACAGGACACGGGACAUGGGACACAGGACAAUGGGACACGGGAGAACAGGACAAUGGGACAUGGGACACAGGACAAUGGGACAUGGGACACGGGACAAUGGGACACGGGACAACGAGACACAGGACAUGGGACAAUGGGACAACAGGACACGGGACAACAAGACAUGGGACAAUGGGACAUGGGACAAGAUAA